GACCCCCGGCUCGGCUGUGCUGCCCUGGGCUUUGGCGCCGGCCCGGGCCAAUCCUGCGGAAAGGGCUGCUUCUCCAGCCAGGGGGUGGUGGAAGGGGAGCUGCGAAGCUUUGUGUGAGGAGGCACGAAGAUGCGCGGAAUGUUUCUUCUUUUCGUGCGUCUGGAAGUGUUGAAGUGAGUCCAGUAACCAGAAGGCUACGGAUUGUUUUCGUAGUAGAAACUUGAACGUUUGCUCACUCGGCAGGGUUUGGAAUGUUUGAAUGGGAAUGACUCUGUGAAUUGAUCAAAUGCUCUCAUUUCCUCGAAGGAACAUUGCUUGUGAUGUUCCUUUUAAUCAGUCACAGUAUUUUAGAACCAGAAGUCUGUGUGACUAGUUUUCAAGGGAGAAUGCUUGCGCGGCUUUCCAAAAUAUGAAAUCGGGUAGUAAUAAAUGGUUGUCAUCUACUCUGGCGAGGGUAGGAGUGAAAAACUUUUGUUAGCGACCGAACUAAAAUAUAGAGUCUCAACAUUAGCAACUAAAAUAGAGCAAAAGUACAUUUCUGUUUCUGAAAUCGGGUAGCAAAUGUUGGAAAAAACAAUCUCUUAAGACUGGAGAUGCCAAUUAUUAUUAAUACUAAUAGCUACUGUUUAUUGAGAUUAUUAUUUUGUAAAUGCGUAAGGAACACCAAAGUACAUUGAUUCCCACAGCCAAACCAUCAGGGCUAGUGGCUUUUGCCCCAUUUUAUUGUAGAUGUGAAAACUGAGGUGCAAGGCAAGUAUUUACCAAGUGUUCAAGUUAGAAUUUGCACUUACUGUUCACUAUUUCCAAAAUCUAUACUCCUGAUAUAUACACCAAAUUAGCAUAGCCCAUUUUAAUUUUUCAAUCAUCUGAUAGGCAGUUGAUUUUAUUACUCACUUUUUUAUUUUGCCUCCACAAUUUGAGUAUCAAAUUGGCUUUUCUCUGAUUCCUCGCACAUUCUUGAGUCCCUUUACACAGGUCUGCAUUAGAGGAAACAAUUGUGCUUUUGACCUUGGCAUAAGGAGGAAGGCAGGAUGACUGUGUGAAUAAGUGGGAGAAUUAAUGUAAUUAUUCAUCAAACAAAAUAAUAUUUCAGUACUACUACUUGAAGAAUACUUCACUCUUUUCCACCUACAAGUGUUUGUGGAUUUAAGAAACAGUGUUGGGUUUAAUUGGAUGUUCAAAAUAUUUCUCCAUCCAAUCCCAGGAGGAAUUCACAGCCUACGUGGGCACACAUACAGUAUAAAGUUGUUGUAAAUGCUUAUGUUACUUGAAGCCCAGACUACCUCCUCUGAUCUGGUUAAGUUGAUAUUUCAGUUCUUCACUCUAUACAUUCUGAAGAAGUGCACUUUUUUUUUUUUUUAAAUAAUUUAGCUUCCCUGUUUAAGACUUGCUAUCAUUCCUUAUUGUUUGAGGAUCACUUUUGUAUUUCUUUGCCCAGCUUCUGGUCUUUCCAACAUAAAUUGCUGUAGGGAAAUUGGUUUAUUGUCCCUGUUACACAGUUUAGUACCACGAUAUCUACAUACAUAUCCCAUGUGAGAAUGCUGUUUACUUCCUUUAUACCUAAAACUCAACUCUGCUGCCUUUUUUGACUUGUUGCCAUCCGCUUAGUUCUGCCUGUUAUCACCCACAUCUAGUUGCUUUCCAGUGUUUCUCUUUUCUAGGCUUUUCCAUGGGCUAUUGCCAAGCUAAUCUUCCUGUAUCAUCCUGUACAAAUUUAUAGGAUAUCCCAUUUGUAGUCAGCACCUAGAGCAAACCUUGAGGCUUCUGAUUGGGUCAUCUUAGCGAAUCCAAUCAGAAAUCUCACUUCUCACAACUGCAAACCCUCAGUUCCAGUAAUCUCUAUUUUCCCACUAACUCCAGAUUGUUGAGCCUUUUCACUACAUAUUUAAUUUGCAUCUUUUGUGGAGCAUGAGGAGAGUAUUUUCAGUCUUUACUUCCUAUACUGGUUUAGUUCUCUUUGAGCUCUUUACUUCCUUGAACCCUAUAGCACUUAAAGCUUGUGCUGUCCAUUUCUGCCAUCUUGCACUGUUAUUUAACUGCAUUGGUGUAUUUUAGGUACCCAGAGGGCAAGAGUCACACCUUUUCUUUCUUUCAUGUCCUCAGAACCUAGUACUGUGUUUUAUAUCCUGUUCUGCAUAAAUACUUGUUGAUUAAAUGAAUUCCAUUUGAGCAGUCCUACUAUUUUAUGCUAGUAUAGGUUAUGCAAUAUUAAUUUAUGAUUCUCUGUAUGUAACCAGGAAAUGUUAUAUAGUGUGAUGAAAGAAGCAGUUAUUUGAUUUGGUUAUUAGUCCCCAAUUCACCUCUACUUUUGCAGAAAAUGGGUGAUAACCUAUUUUGCCUAAAUCACAUGGUUGUGAAGAUCAGAUGAGAAGCUGUGUGCAUAUUUGAGUUUCAGGAUACUCUUUUGUAUUGUUAGUAGUAAUUAGGACUGAUGUUCAAUCAGCAAUUCCCAUUGGGUCACUUAUGUUUUGAUUGGGUAAAUAUCCUUUCUGAUUGAUUUUUUUACCCUUGUAGUGCCAAUUAUUACAUAUUUUUAAUUCCGCUCCUGUAUAGAAGCAUUAGUAUUCAAAGAGUGAAAUAGUGUAGGUUGAGUGUCAGAGGAAGCCUUCCUGGACACUGUGGGACUUAAACUGGCUUUGAAGUGUGGCUAGAAUUCAGAUAGGCAGACAGUAGGAUUUGAUGAGUAUUAAAGUUCUUUAAGUUAUAUCCCCCACUGACCUGGGCCCUACUUUAGGACAGGAAAUAAAAGCUUUUAUUGACUGACUGACAAGUUACUCUUUAGUAAUAGGUUUCUUAUUCUGUACUGUAGGGUUUGGAUGUAUUAACCUCUAUUCCCCCCCUCCCCCACCCCCAACCCCAAUCCUAAAAACUACAGUAAAUGGUUGGAAACAAAACAGAAAGGUAACAUAGAUAGGCUGAGUGAUGGAAAAUAACAUGAUGAGAUGUCCGCCAGGCUUUCUAAUGGUAAAGUCAAAGGUGUAUCAUCACUUCUGUUUACAGGUGCAAAAAUACAACUCAGAUUCAGUGAAUUCCUCAGGGUUGCACAAGGGUAGGACUUGGCCAGGAACAAUGCUUUUCUGAUUCCAAAUCUUGAAAAUGUGAAGAACUCAAAGAUGGAGGAGGAAUAGGAUUAGUGGGAUGACCUCCCUAAGUGAAACUGGUCUUGAAUUUCUCAGAAUUUAUGAAAAGUGAGUUCUGAAAAAAAAAAAAAAAAGUGAGUUCUGCAGUUGGGAGGGAGGGAGAAUGAUUAUAGGUUAAAAGUUUUCAAAGGAAAGGUCAGGGUUUUUUUUCUUUUUUUUUUUUUUUCUUUUUAUUGCUGAUAAAAGGACACCUGGUAUAGUGAUUACUGAUUGAGAAAAGUGAGUUUGUAGUAGUUUGGAAGACAAUCUUGGGUUAAGUAGUAUAAUUGAGUUAGGCUGGAUCUGAACAACCUUGGUUAGAUUAGAAUUUUAGUUGAUAUCCUUUGCUGUUGGAAUUGCAUAAGGGAAUUGUUGUGAUCAAACUAAUCAUGUGGAAGAUAAAUCUUGUUCUUGUUGCGGCAGGGGGGUGCUAAUGUGGGGGUGACCCUUGCUGAAAGGUUCUAGGUCUGGUUGAAAGUUAUCCAGAUUCUACACCAUUCUUGUAAUGCCUUUAUAUUGCAUCAGAUAUGCUCAUGUAUAAUUGAAGUGAGUUUUGAAAAUGCUGUUACCCUACGAAUGGCCCUUUUGAUAUAAGAGCAUAUCUCUUUAGACCACAGAGCCCCCUGCAGAUGUUGGCUGACCACAUUCCUUUUGCUGUUCUUUUUGGUCAUGUCUUACAUAAUGCAGCGUCCUCUGAACAGAUGGACUGUGGUUUGAUAGCAUGUGAUUGGGUCACAUCUUUGCUUCCUGCUUCUGGAAUUAAGGGCAGAUGCUGGCAUGUCUCUCAGGGAUUUUUAUGUUUUGUCUCAUAGAACUAGCUCCAGGAAAUUUUCUCAAAUUUAUGAUCUAUCUUGACCCAACCAAAUUCUUAAUUCAUAGGCUAUUAUUUAAUGCCUUUCUUAAUUGCAUUUUCUCAAUGACAAAUCUAAGCAGUUGCCACAAACAUUAAAAUUUGCUGCCAUUCUGAAUUGUAUACAUAGUUGUGUGGUUUGCUUUCAGCCCAGAUAUUACAGGUAGAUUUUAUUAGAUGUCUGGUGCUUGCUUAUCUUCAGCAUGAACUUAAAAUUGGUUGACUUGUCAGUUUUCUCCUUUUGGACAUCCCUUAUCAAGCACUAACAGGGUACAUAUGAUUAGGUUUUGGGGUCCAAUUUUAUAGAUCAUGUUUGGCCUUUUAUAAAACUGCUUGCUCAUUUUGGCAACAUGAAAUAAUUUCUAACUUUAGUAAGAAUGACUUGCAGGCUGUGUACACAUGGGUUGCUUUGACAUUUCUUGAAAGAAUAUAAUAAUGUGCCAGCCAUUCUACCUGCCUUAUCUCAUUUAAUUCUCAUAACCAACCCUGAAUGGUAGUUGUGUAGUAACAUACAAAUUUUUUACUUACGUGCUGAUUAAUUCCCAAAAGAUUAUUUUUAAGCCCUAUUGUUUCCAGGUCCGGGUGACCAGAAGAUAUCUGUGUUUUUCUGUUUUGUUUUUAAAUCGAGAACCAUUUACUGAUCUUUUUAUGUGUAUAUCUUCGUUUUGAUGACAUUGAUUCUAACCAUUCUUUUCAACUCUCUUUAACAAUUACCAAAGAUGUUAGUAUUUUGUCUUUCAUCCUUUGAUCAUAAAUGUAUGAAAGGAAGACCCUUCUUGAAUUAGAACAAUUGUAGACUAACAAUAGUCCAAACUCUGAAACUCAAAUGAUUGUUUGUUACCAUUAACUCCAUUUGCCUGGAUAAUCAGAGUUGACCAGAGGAGUUUGUUCGUAUUGGGACCUAUUUUCUAUCUAUGAACGUUUAUAAAUAGAAGAGCAUCUGGUUUCCAUUUGACAAACAAGGAAACUGAGGUCAUGCUGUUAAUCAAUGGAGCAGCCUGCAUGUAAGCACUUCAGGCACUACAGUGUUUCUGCCACCUCUGUACAAAAGAUAAUUUUACCUGUGUGACAGAUGGGCUUUGCUUUGUCUCUGUCACGGAGACCACAGACAAAGUUAUACAUAAUAGCAUGUGUAUAGCUGAAAUUGACCUAAUUCCUCGAGAUAGACCAUUUGUAUGUGCACCUUCUUCAAAAACUGGGUCUGUUACUACAACAUAUUGUUGCAAUCAGGACCACUGCAAUAAAAUAGAGCUCCCAACUACUGACCCUUUUUCAGUAAAGCAGCCUCCUGGCCUUGGUCCCGUCGAGCUGGCAGCUGUCAUUGCUGGACCAGUCUGCUUCGUCUGCAUCUCACUCAUGUUGAUGGUCUAUAUCUGCCAUAACCGCACUGUCAUUCACCAUCGAGUGCCAAAUGAAGAGGAUCCUUCAUUAGAUCGCCCUUUUAUUUCAGAGGGUACUACAUUAAAAGAUUUAAUUUAUGAUAUGACAACAUCAGGGUCUGGAUCAGGUUUACCAUUGCUUGUUCAGAGAACAAUUGCAAGAACUAUUGUGUUACAAGAAAGUAUCGGCAAAGGUCGAUUUGGAGAAGUUUGGCGAGGAAAGUGGCGGGGAGAAGAAGUUGCCGUUAAGAUAUUCUCCUCCAGAGAAGAACGUUCAUGGUUCCGCGAGGCAGAAAUUUAUCAAACUGUAAUGUUGCGCCAUGAAAACAUCCUGGGAUUUAUAGCAGCAGACAAUAAAGAUAAUGGUACAUGGACUCAGCUCUGGCUGGUGUCAGAUUAUCAUGAGCAUGGAUCCCUUUUUGAUUACUUGAACAGAUAUACAGUUACUGUGGAAGGAAUGAUCAAACUUGCUCUGUCCACAGCAAGUGGUCUUGCCCAUCUUCACAUGGAGAUUGUUGGUACCCAAGGAAAACCAGCUAUUGCUCAUAGAGAUUUGAAAUCAAAGAAUAUCUUGGUGAAGAAGAAUGGAACAUGCUGUAUUGCAGACUUAGGACUGGCAGUAAGACAUGAUUCAGCCACAGAUACAAUUGAUAUUGCUCCAAACCACAGAGUGGGAACAAAAAGGUACAUGGCCCCUGAAGUUCUAGAUGAUUCCAUAAAUAUGAAACAUUUUGAAUCCUUCAAACGUGCUGACAUCUAUGCAAUGGGCUUAGUGUUCUGGGAAAUUGCUCGACGAUGUUCCAUUGGUGGAAUUCAUGAAGAUUACCAGCUGCCUUAUUAUGAUCUUGUACCUUCUGAUCCGUCAGUUGAAGAAAUGAGAAAAGUAGUUUGUGAACAGAAAUUAAGGCCAAAUAUUCCAAACAGAUGGCAGAGCUGUGAAGCCUUGAGAGUGAUGGCUAAAAUCAUGAGAGAAUGUUGGUAUGCCAAUGGAGCAGCUAGGCUGACAGCCUUACGGAUUAAGAAGACAUUGUCACAACUCAGUCAACAGGAAGGCAUCAAAAUGUAAUUCUACAGCUUUGCCUGAACUCUGCUUUUUUCUUCAGAUCUGCUCCUGGGUUCUCGUUUGGGAGGUCAAUUGUUCUACCUCACUGAGAGGGAACGGAAGGAUAUUGCUUCCUUUUGCAACAGUAUAUAAGAUUGAUUAAAAACUUCCCAGGAUUCUUUGGACCCAGGAAACAGCCACGUGGGUCCUUUCUGUGCACUAUGAACGAUUCUUUCCCAGGACAGUUAUAAAAUGUUGUGUAGUCUAUCUUUAUUUUUGAUUAACAAAACUUGUUUUUUUUUUUUUAAAGAAUAUUGCUGGUCUUAACUUUAGGUAACUCUGCUAUGCUGAAGAUCAUAUGUAAGGUUAAAGGAACUGGAUUGUUGGGUUAUAUGAAACAUUUCUUAUUUUUAAAGAAAGUGAUUUACUCCUGGUUAGUACAUUCUCAGAGGAUUCUGAACCACUAAAGAGUUUCCUUGAUUCAGACUUUGAAUGUACUGUUCUAUAAUUUUUCAGGAUCUUAAAACUAAUACUUAUAAAACUCUUGAGUCUAAAAAUGACCUCAUAUAGGGAUGAGGAACAUAAUUUAUGCAAUUGUAUUUUGUACACUGUUGUUCUUUCACAUAUUCAGAACAUUACAUGCCUUCAAAAGGGAUUGUACUAUACCAGUAAGUGCCACUUCUAUGUCUUUCAAAUGGAAAUGAGUAGAAUUGCUUAAAGUUUGUUUGUUAAAUCCUAUAGUGUUUGAAUUUAAAAAGUUUAUUUAUCUGGGUAACCCAAACCUUUUCUAUUUUGUUUUUUGGAAGGGUUUUUGUGAUAUGUCAUUGGGUAUUCCAUUUUGAAAAUGCCUUCUCCUACCAAAAUGUGCUUGAACCACUAAAGAAAUGCAGUGUCAUGAAAUCAGUUGUUCCAUGGUCAUGUUGGAGUAAUCUCACCUCUAGCUUUUGCAGUUGAGUUGUGUGGUCUGAGUGUACUUUAAACAUUCAAGCGGCACUCGAGAUGCUCACAGUGCUUUAACUUAAUCUUGAUAGCAUUCAGACUCAUUUUCUAUAAGGGAAAGUUUGUCUAGCUCUUGUGAGAAGUUGUGUGGUAUUCUGUAAGCCAUUUUGUUCUUUAUUUGAUCAAAGACAGUGUUAUUUUUUUAAGAAAUGAUUACAUUUAAAUUAGAAUAUGGUUGAUGUUAAAUAAUAGACCUUUUUCUAGGAAGGCAAAUGUAGUUAAUAAUUUGAAUAGACAACAGAUGGGUACAACAAUCACAUUUGUUUUGUAGGUGUAAGUGUUCAGUGGAUUCCUGUUUUUGUGAGGUUAGAGUUAGUGUAGAUUGGAGGUCUCGCUACACUUUGAGGAAGGCAGCUUUUAAUUCAGUCUUUCCUUAUCUCAUACGUGCAGAUAUUGCAACUGCUCAAUUUACAUGGUUAUAUAAUGAAUUCAGUGCACCUUGAUAUUGGGAGAGCUGAUAACUAAUGGACACUGAGUAGGUUUUCCAUUUACAGAUGUUUUCAGUCAAAUUAAAUGUUUAAAGUAAACUUUUCAUGGUCUUCUCAAGUGAAGUUGGAACUAUCUUGUAACAACUGGUUUUUACUUUUAGUACUGUAAAGUCUCUUUGUAGGGAUUUUACAGUUUGCAGAGUCUUUCUUAUCACUGUGAUCUUAUUCUGAGGGGGGAAAUCUAUCUCAUAGCUAAGAGGGGAACUGACCUUGUAGUGCUGUCCCUGAGAAGAGGGUCACAAUAACCUUCACAGUAUUUUGGUCAGAAAGAUUGUGGUUAUUUACACUGAAUGAGUUGCAUUCUGAUAAUGUCUUCUCCUUAUACAUAGAAUAAAUUUGAAAGACUAUUUGGUCUUAAAACCAAAGUAAUUUUAGAAUGAAUGACAUAUUCCAUAGGAACUUAGUGUAAAUUUCAUGUGUUUAAAAACAUCCCGGGGAAAAUGUGCUUAGAGGCUAAUACUUUGACCACAAAUUUGAGGGUUUUUUCCUGUAGUUACUAUGAUUUUAUUGAAGUAAAUGAAUAAUUUUGAGAGGUUUGUUUUUAUAGUUGAGUUAUAUUACCUGUUUAAUAUUCUCUAGCUCUAUGAUCAGGUACUAGGUUUUCUUGUUUUUGUUUUUGUCUUGGCCUUUUCUAAGCUUACAAGAUCUGCUUUAUGAAAUCCAGGGACCAACGCAUUUUAUCACAAAACUAUUUUUAUAUAAUUUUAAGAAUGUACCAAAAGUUGUUUGAAUUAAAGUUGUAAUACAUGAUUUCUCACUUUCAAAUAAGAUAAUCAACUUUUAGUAAAGAUAACAUCAAAAAUUGAGUCAUACUGUUCUUGCCUAAGUGGAUAAAAUGUACUUUUGAUGAAUCAGGGAAUUUUUUUUUAAAGUUGAAAUUUAGUUCUAAAUUGAGUUUACAUAUUACUGCAGCUAAUUUCUUUUUUGCCUAGGGACAGCUUGAUGAACCCCAAUUAAGUAAUAUUGAAAAUGAAAGUAAUAUUAAAAGAUGAGAUAGGUCAUAACUUCAGAUAAAUUUGGCUGGAGUAAUACUUGUGUCAUUUAGAAACAUAGUCCUUUGUUUAUACUGCCUGUGCUAAAUGUUCACCCUCCAAGAUUUAGCAGGCUAAAAAAUAUCUUCUAGAAAAUCACUUGCCCACAUCAUCUUGUCAGUACCUUGAGGAGUGAGAGUGGGAAAGAAUGACAUAAUGGGGCGUCGACAUCCCUGGUCCUUCCUCCCUAUCUUCAGUUCUCUUUCUUCUAGCCUGCCUUCCUGCUGGCCACUGCUCCCUACCCUUUUGACUGGAGAGUCGCUUUUGAGACCUGGAGUGAGGUGGUUGAUGAAAGUUGUGGAACAUACUUCCAUUUCCUUGAGUCACUGGAUGUGGCAGGGAUGAGUGGAUGAGGCUUAGGAUAUUCCUGCAUUAAUUUUAGCUAAGUAGAGUGACAGCAAGGUGGCAGCUGUGACAGUGGGAGUUGUGCCAGAAACAGUGGCCACUCAUGUCCCUUGUAGGACAGUAAAGCCUGAAGAGCCGAGCCUGUAAUUCUGCUGUAACAAUAGUGCUCAAGAAGUGCCUUGAGUCAGUGAACAGUGCCACACCAUUAAGAAAUCCAGAUUUCACUUCUUACUGUAAAAUUUAAGUGGUCACUUGGCCAAUUUGAAGUCCAUGGGUGAGUUGCUUUUUUUCCCCCUCAUGUUUGAGAAGUGUCAGAGACUUUUUGUAAAACAAAUGAAAAAGUGCUGAUUAACAUGCACAACAAAAUUAGUAUCCCAUUAGCUAUCAAAAGGUUGUUUUUAUCCAUGUACCGAAGAAUGAUUGUAAAUCAACUGUUUUGUUUCUUGAUUGUCACAGUGUUCUGGCUCCAAAUGGUGGAUACUCCAAAUAAGGUUCUGUUACAGCAAGGCAGAAAAUAUUCAGUUAUUUUGAGAUCCUAAAGAAUAGGAUAACUCCACACAUGUAUUGCACCUUCUGUGUUUUGGAAUGCAAGAAUACUUGUGGGCCCUCUCUCUGGGAAUGCUGGACUCCCUAAGACACCAUGAGGACUGUCAGUACACUAUUUUCAGUCCCAUUAUGCAAUCUUAUUUUUAAAUGGAAACUUUUAAAAAUAUGAUUAAUAACAUUCAACCUGUUACUUAAAAUUUAUGAACUUCAGUGAAUUUGUUUUUAUUUUUAACAAGAUUUGUGAAUUAAAUAUCAUGAACCGUGUUUUGAUAACUCUUUUUUCACGUUGUGCCAAUGGAAUAGGGUGUUUUAUAUUUCUUUAUAUGUCAAGGAGAUGCUUCAAAAUGUCAAUUGCUUUAAACUUAAAUUACCUCUCAAGAGACCAAGGUACAUUUACCUCAUUGUGUAUAUAAUGUUUAAUAUUUGUCAGAGCAUUCUCCAGGUUUGCAGUUUUAUUUCUAUAAAGUAUGGGUAUUAUGUUGCUAAAUUCAAAUUGUACUGUAUUGUUUAUAUUUGUACCCCAAAUAACAUCAUCUGUACUUUUUGUUUUCUGUAUUUUAUUGUAUUUGUGCAGAAUUCUUUUGACUUUAUCAGUGUAGUCUCUGCGCUUUCAGAUAUGUACAGAAAUGUCCAUAUAAAUUUUCAUUUAAGUUGAAUGAUUUUGAAAAGCCUGUAAAGAGGAGAGAAAACAUAAACUGCAUUUCCCCAUAAGUUUUUUAAUAUUGUAUAUUGUAUUUGUAGUAAUAUUCCAAAUGAACUGUAAAUAGAAAAUAGAAGAGUGAAGCUUAAGUCCUAACACUACAGUAGAAAAUGAAAGCAAUGCAAAUAAAUUACUUUUUUUCCCAA